CCGUUAGAGUCGUAGCAAAAGCUACGAGGCGGGCCGGUAUGUGGCAACGGCCCUUUUCGUCCACGGCGUCACGUUUCAUCAUGCUAGGUGUGUUGGGGGCGUUUGUUCAUCGUGUAGCAGUUCCGAAUAUCCAGUCUUGUCGCAGUUGGCGUUUUACGGUUUUCUGUCUGCUGUUGUAAGAUUGUUUGGUGUUCACUAAGCCGGUACUCGAGUGGGAUUAUUCGACUAUCGGAAAAUGGUUGAGGCGGUCCCCGAACAUAUUAAUUUCCCAGCGGAAGAAGAGAAAAUUCUAAAGUUUUGGAAUGAACAUGAUUGUUUCCAAAAUUCAUUGAAACAAUCUAAAGGAAAGCCGAGAUAUGCUUUCUAUGAUGGACCUCCAUUUGCUACGGGACUUCCUCAUUAUGGUCAUAUUCUUGCUGGUACCAUAAAGGACAUUGUGACGAGAUAUGCUCACCAUAGCGGGUUUCAUGUUGAUCGAAGAUUUGGAUGGGAUUGUCAUGGUCUUCCUGUGGAAUACGAGAUUGACAAGACUCUCGGUAUUAAAGGACCAGAAGAUGUUGCAAAAAUGGGAAUCGCGGAAUACAAUAAACAAUGUCGAUCUAUUGUCAUGAGAUAUUCUGGUGAUUGGGAGAACAUCGUGAAUCGUUUGGGACGCUGGAUUGAUUUUAAGAACGAUUACAAGACUUUAUAUCCAUGGUUUAUGGAAAGUGUUUGGUGGGUUUUCAAACAACUUUAUGACAAAGGUUUUGUUUACAAAGGCUUCAAAGUAAUGCCAUAUUCAACGGGUUGUCAUACUCCACUAUCAAAUUUUGAAGCCAGUCAGAAUUACAAGGACACUAUUGAUCCAGCUGUCAUUAUCAAUUUUCCUCUUGAUGAAGAUCCAAAAGUGAAAAUGAUUGCGUGGACAACAACUCCAUGGACUUUGCCAAGCAAUCUAGCUCUCUGUGUUCAUCCAGAUAUGGAUUAUGUUAAGGUCCGAGAUACAAAAACAGAAGAGAUUUACAUCCUUAUGAAAAAUCGUCUUAUUUCAUUGUAUAAAGAAGAAACUGAAUAUGAAAUUCUUGAUACUUUCAAAGGGAAAACUCUUUUUGGUAAAGGAUAUCAACCUCUCUUUCCAUAUUUUGCUCAAAUGAAAAGCACAGGAGCAUUCCGUAUCAUGUGUGAUACAUAUGUAACUGAUGAUAGCGGUACAGGAGUUGUUCAUCAAGCUCCUUUCUUUGGAGCGGAUGAUUAUCGCAUCUGUACAAGCAAUGGAAUAGUUGCAAAGGAUGGACUUCCAGUUUGUCCUGUGGAUGCCAGUGGAAAGUUUACUGAUGAAGUGGAGGAUUUUGCUGGAAUAUAUGUGAAGGAUGCUGAUAAACUUAUCUGCCGUCAUCUGAAAGGAACAAACAGACUUGUUCAUCAAAGCACAACCAAACAUAACUAUCCUUUCUGUUGGAGAUCUGAAACUCCUCUUCUUUACAAAGCUGUACCAAGCUGGUUCAUUAGAGUGGAAAACAUUACAAAGCAAUUAUUGGAGAACAAUGCUAAGACAUAUUGGGUUCCUAAUUUUGUCAAAGAAAAACGUUUUGCAAACUGGCUUCGGGAUGCUCAUGACUGGGCCGUUUCUCGUAAUAGAUAUUGGGGUACUCCGAUACCAUUGUGGGUCAGCGAGGAUUUCGAAGAAAUCGUUUGCAUCGGGUCCAUAGAGGAAUUGGAACAAUUAUCUGGAGUCAAAGUCACUGAUCUUCAUAGAGAAAGUGUUGAUGGCAUCACUAUACCAUCACGCCUUGGAAAAGGAGUUUUACGUCGUAUAUCCGAAGUAUUUGAUUGCUGGUUUGAAAGCGGAUCUAUGCCUUAUGCUCAAAUGCAUUAUCCAUUUGAGAACAAGAAAGAAUUUGAAGACAGUUUUCCAGCUCAUUUCAUUGCUGAAGGAAUUGAUCAAACAAGAGGAUGGUUCUAUACCUUGCUGGUAUUAUCCACUGCUUUGUUUGGGAAACCUCCAUUUCAAAAUCUAAUUGUCAAUGGACUCGUUCUUGCCAGCGAUGGUCAGAAAAUGAGCAAAAGGAAGAAAAACUAUCCUGAUCCAAUCAAAGUUGUACAUGCAUAUGGUGCAGAUGCUCUCCGAUUAUAUUUGAUCAAUUCACCUGUGGUUCGUGCCGAGAAUUUGAGAUUUCAGGAAAAUGGUGUACGAGAUAUUUUGAAAGAUGUUUUUCUUCCUUGGUACAAUGCAUACAGAUUUUUUGUGCAGAACGUAAUAAGGCUACAAAAGGAAGAAGGCAUUGAGUUUAAAUACAAAGAAGAUGAUCUUGGAAGUUCUGACAAUAUAAUGGACAAAUGGAUUUUGUCAUCAAUACAAUCACUUGUACUGUAUGUGAAAAAGGAAAUGAAAGCAUACCACUUGUAUACUGUCGUUCCUCGAUUGGUCAAAUUUGUGGAUUUAUUGACAAACUGGUAUGUCAGAUCGAACAGAAAAAGAUUGAAGGGUGAUGGUGGACCUGAAGAUUGCCAAAAAGCAUUGCAAACACUUUAUAGUGUUCUGUACACAAUGAUUAGAGAAAUGAGUCCAUUUACUCCGUUCCUUACUGAGCAUAUGUAUCAAAAUCUCAAGAAAGUUUUGAAAUCUAAAGAAAAUGCUGAAAGUAUCCAUUAUUUGAUGUUCCCAGAUGCAAAUGAGAAACUGAUUGAUGUGGAAAUUGAGAGAGCAGUUUCAAGGAUGCAAACUGUUAUUGAAUUAGGAAGAAUAAUCAGAGAUAGAAAUACAAUGCCAAUCAAGUACCCUUUGCCUGAGGUUGUCAUCAUCCACAAAAGCAAAGAAUAUCUGGAUGAUGUUGCUAGUUUGGAGCGAUAUGUUUCCGAGGAAUUGAAUGUACGCAAGAUCACGACUUCUUCCGAUAAAGACAAAUAUGAAGUUAGUCUUCGCGCACAACCUGAUCACAUGAUUCUCGGGAAACGUUUGAAAGGUGAAUUCAAACAAGUAUCGGCAGAAAUAGCUAAAUUAUCAAGUCAGCAAGUUGAAGACUAUUUGCAGAAAGGAUCUAUCGAGAUUGGUGGCCAUCAACUUGGUGAGGGAGAUCUCAGAAUUAUUUAUCAUUUCGAAUCGGCAUCAGGAGACGCUCCAUCAAAAUAUGCAGCACAUUCUGACAACGAUGUUCUGGUUCUUCUUGAUGUUACCCCUGAUCCAAGUAUGAUCGAUGAAGGUGUCGCAAGAGAAAUUGUCAAUCGUAUUCAGAAGUUGAGGAAGAAGGCCAAACUGGUGCCAACUGAUGAAGUGACUGCAUUUUUCGAUGUUUCAUCAACGAAUGAAUAUAUCACCAAAGUUUCAAAUUCUCAUGCAGAAUUUAUAAGCUCUUUGAUCAAAUCUCCAUUCAUUUCGUACCCUGUACCUGUCAUUGCCGAUGUUAUCAUUGAAGAAACUGUUACGCUCAAAAGUACAGAGAUGGGAAUUGCUUUAGUGAGUGGUCAUGUAGAUUCUGAAACUGAUGGUUUACCUCAACCUGCAUGCAAGUAUGUUAAUGUAGAAGUUUCACAAAAUGGAGUAUAUGCAGGAAAGUUGUCUGUAUUGCUAGAAAAUCCAAAAGGUUGUCCAGUGAUCACAAAUCCACGACAGUUCAAAACAGUCUUCACAAAAUUGUACUUCAACAGUAAUCCUGUGUUGCUCCAGUCAGAAAAAGAAAAUGGACCUUUUGCACCAGUGAAUGGAGGAAUAAUAAUGGUUGAUAUUGCGAAGCUAACAAAUACUGCUCCUGGUUCUGCGGAUGGAAUAUUUGCAGCAGAACCCCCACGUGUUAGAGUUAAACUUGAUCUGAAUUAUGCAUCCACGAGACCUGAAUUACCAUCACCAGCAUGUUCUUAUGUCAAUGUCAAGUUCGUUCCGAAUAGUAAAGAAGCAAAAUCGUCAGUUGGAUCAGUUUUACUUGAUAAUCCUCCCGGUCGAAAUGAACUAGAUCUCCAACAACUUACUCAAGAAUGUUCUCUAUUGUUUGGAUUGAGGGGGAAGACACAAACAAAACUUUUUGCGGAUUCCAAAUGCACUCAAGAAAUAAAGGACAUUAACGGACUUCAUGCAUCAACUGUUUAUGUCAAGUCUGUUUGACAUUGUCAACUUUGAGCUCCAGGUGUAUUGUGUCUAAAGUUAAUUCUACCACAAAUGUUCCUUCGCAUACUGUAAAUUGGCAUGUAUUUAUUUUGAACAUGGCCAGAACCAUUUUACCAAAAAUCAUCAAUAGGACAACUUCUUUCAUAUCAAAUUGUCAGUUAAUUUACAUUUACUAGAAAUAUAUGAAUAUUUGCCUAUAAGUGGUGUUCAGGGUGUUUCAUGAGGCUCGGUUAUGUGCAACUAGACUCAAUCAGCAUGUUUGUAUUAAUUCAGACACCGAAAUAGACUAGAAAAUUAUCUUCCAGCUUUAACAUAUUAUCUGUAUAAGAGGCGAUGUUUUUUAAGUAGUAAUAUUAUCUUUCAAAACUAUUAUGGUCUGAUCUUUGGUUGUAUUCUGUUCAGUUUGAUAAUGAUAUUUGUUGAUAGGCAAUAUUUUAGGUCUUUCUGUGUUGCAACUCAAUUUCUAUUCGAAUGGUUUCUCAAAUAUGAAUGUGUGUUUGUCAUAGGAAAAUAUAUUUGUGGAAUUACUGUA